ACCGGACGCAGUAGGCGGGCGGGAACGUGAAGUCUCCGCAGUGCCUGAUGGGCUUGUUCCGAGGAGGCUAGCUGUGGCUGCGGAAGGGUCCUUCGUUGAGCUGCUGUGCUCUCCGCCGUCUUAUGGCGGCGAUCGGCGUGCACCUGGGCUGCACGUCAGCCUGUGUGGCUGUCUACAAGGACGGCCGGGCGGACGUGGUUGCAAAUGAUGCAGGGGAUAGAGUUACGCCAGCCAUUGUUGCUUACUCGGAACGGGAACAGGUGGUUGGACUGGCAGCGAAACAAAGUAGAAUAAGAAAUAUUUCAAGCACCGUGGUGAAAGUAAAACAGAUCCUUGGCAGAAGCUCUGCCGAUCCACAAGCUCAGAAAUACAUCUCAGAAAGUAAAUGCUUAGUCAUUGAGAAAAAUGGGAAAUUGCGCUAUGAAAUAGAUACAGGAGAGGAAACAAAACUUGUUAAUCCGGAAGAUGUUGCCAGAUUGAUAUUCAGUAAAAUGAAAGAAACAGCACAUUCUGUCCUGGGCUCAGAUGCGAAUGAUGUAGUUAUUACCGUUCCAUUUGACUUUGGAGAAAGGCAGAAGUCUGCUCUGGGGGAGGCAGCUGGAGCCGCUGGGUUUAACGUGCUGCGACUAAUCCAUGAGCCGUCUGCCGCUCUCCUUGCUUAUGGGAUUGGACAAGACCGCCCUACAGGGAAGAGCAAUGUUUUGGUGUUUAAGCUUGGAGGAACAUCUCUAUCGCUCAGUGUUAUGGAAGUUAACAGUGGGAUGUAUCGGGUCCUUUCCACAAACACCAGUGACAACAUAGGGGGCGCACAUUUCACAGACACCUUAGCACAGUACCUGGCUUCGGAGUUCCAGAGGUUGUUCAAACAUGAUGUGAGGGGAAAUGCCCGAGCCAUGAUGAAGUUGAUGAACAGUGCUGAAGUGGCCAAGCAUUCUCUGUCAACCUUGGGAAGUGCCAAUUGCUUCGUAGAUUCCUUGUAUGAAGGUCAAGAUUUUGAUUGCAGUGUGUCCAGAGCAAGAUUUGAGCUUCUUUGUUCUCCGCUUUUUAACAAAUGUAUAGAAGCAAUCCGGGAACUCUUGCGUCAGACUGGAUUCACAGCAGAUGAUAUCAACAAGGUUGUGCUGUGUGGUGGAUCUUCAAGAAUCCCAAGGCUGCAGCAGCUGAUUAAAGACCUCUUUCCAGCCGUGGACCUCCUCACCUCCAUCCCUCCAGAUGAGGUCAUCCCUAUUGGUGCAGCCAUAGAAGCCGGGAUUCUUGCUGGGAGAGAGAGCACCUCAGGGGAGGACUGUGUCAUGAUAGAGUGUUCAGCCAAGGACAUUUUAGUUAAGGGAGUGGAUGAAUCAGGUGCGGACAGAUUCACAGUACUGUUUCCCUCUGGGACUCCGCUGCCAGCCCGAAGACAGCACACGCUCCAAGCCCCUGGCAGUAUAUCUUCUGUUUGCCUGGAACUCUAUGAGUCUGAGGGGAAGAACUCUGCUAAAGAGGAGGCCAAGUUUGCACAGGUUGUGCUCCAGGACUUAGAUAAAAAAGAAAAUGGAUUGCGUGAUAUAUUAGCUGUCCUUACUAUGAAAAGGGAUGGAUCUCUACAGGUGACGUGCACAGACCAAGACACGGGAAAGUGUGAAGCCAUCACCAUUGAGGUUGUAUCCUAACUGUUCAGAUAAAACAAGGUUUUGUGUAUAAGUGUUGUUUAUAAUAAACUGCUUUUUCAAUGAAGGUAUACGCUAUGUUUCUAUUAAAAUACAAUUCAUUAGUAA